ACUUGUAGUUCUAGUCCUCGAUGAUGCCGCGGAGUCCUGCGUUUCCAGGUGUGAAUCCUACCUACGGAGGAGAGCCAGACAGUUCCGUGGUGUCUUCAAGAGGCCUUCAGGGAGCCAGAGGGAUGACUCAGAGACUACGAGCACCCGUGGUCUUGCAAGUUCAGUUCUCAGCACCCACACAGUGACUCACAGCCGUCCGUAACUCCAGUUCUAGGGGAUCCCAUGACCUCUUCGGACCUCCAUAAGUACCAGGCAGGCUCGUGGCGCACAGACUUGCAGGCACAACACUUAUGCAAAUGAGAUAAAAUUAUUUAAAAAGAGAGAGAGGGAAGACUUCAGAUCUCCUAUAGUGGUUUUCCUAAUGGCUGAUUUGGGAAGAAAUGGUCAGUCAGUACCUGGGAGUUGACUUUAUAUUGCGAAUCUCCAAUAAGUACAAACAGAUGUUGAAAUAGAUUCCAGUCAGUGAUUUCACAAACACUGAAGGUGAAAAAUAUGUAGUCUUAAGUCCCAAGCUGAGACUCGGAGGAAAAAAGUUCUCUUUGUAACUGAAGAAAGAACUGAGGAAAGGAACAGGGGUAGGUGUCUUCCCAUAGACCCAUAGAGAAUCUUCAAGUUAAACUUACACCUGUGACAGAAUGGGUACCUCUAUGCUUCCCUGGUGAGACAACUUGCCAAAAUGUCCAGUUCAAAGACUCUUUCAUUCCCUUUGACUGUGACAGUGAAGACAUCUGUAGAUGGAAGCCACCAUUAGUCCCCUGCAGUCUUCAGAGGAAGCACACGGAGGAACCCUGUUACUGUAAUGACUUCGGGAAGGCACUUAUCACAACCCAGAUGGUCAUCUCGUCAAGAAAACUCUCACUUCAGAGAAACUAUGCCUCUGUGGUCAGUGUGAUGAGAACUUCACAUCAGAGACCCCACCUGAAAGGAAAGAGCUGUGGGCGUGAGCAGUGUGGGACGGGCUUCCCCAGGAGCAAGCCUGUUUGUCCAUCAAGCGAUCUACAUGGAUGAGAAACCUUACAAGUGUGACAGAUGCGGGAAGGGCUUCACCAGGAGCUCAAGUCUGCUCGUCCAUCACGCAGUCCACACAGGGGAGAAACCUUACAAGUGCGACCGGUGUGGGAAGGGCUUUAGUCAGGGCUCCAAGCUACACAUCCACCGGAGAGUCCACACUGGAGAGAAGCCCUAUGAGUGUGCGGACUGUGGCAUGAGCUUCAGCCAGCGGUCAAACCUGCACAUCCACCAGCGUGUCCACACAGGAGAGAGGCCGUACAAGUGUGGAGAGUGUGGGAAGGGCUUCAGCCAGAGCUCCAACCUCCACAUCCACCGGUGCACCCACACGGGAGAGAAGCCCUACCAGUGCUGUGAGUGUGGGAAGGGCUUCAGCCAGAGCUCAGACCUGCGCAUCCACCUCAGAAUGCACACCGGGGAAAAGCCCUACCACUGUGGCAAGUGUGGGAAGGGCUUCAGCCAGAGCUCCAAACUCCUCAUCCAUCAGAGAGUGCACACCGGAGAGAAGCCCUACCACUGUGGCAAGUGUGGGAAGGGCUUCAGCCAGAGCUCCAAUCUCCACAUCCACCAGCGGGUUCACAGGAAGGACCUUCCUUAAGUAACAUGGGCCUGCUCGGUUCAGAACACUUUUAUUGUAAGGAUGAAUAUUUUUCAUGGCUGAGGGUACAGAUCAGUAGUAGAGUGCCUGCCUAACAUGCAUAAAGCCCUUGGUUCAGAGCCGUGAGGUGGUGGUGCCGGCCUUUAAUCCCAGCACUUGGGAAGCAGAGGCAGGUGGAUCUCUGUGAGUUCUAGACCAGCCUGGUCUACAAGAGCUAGUUCCAGGACAGGCUCUAAAGCCACAG